AUGAAACGAGUAACGGGUGUAGAAAGAUCGUGGAGUCAUUUAAAACGUCAAUUCGAUCGUCAAGGUCCCGAGCCAGAUGAAAUAGAAGUAAGAUUUUUUGAAACAAUUAGUAAAGACGGACCACAGUUAUUUGCUGUCACAUUGGAUAAACGUGUUUACUAUCAUGAUGAAGGUAAAUGGCAAGGUUAUGAAACAGCUAAAGAUGUGGAAUUUGGAACAAUGGAAUCAUCCAAUUUUAAUCCAAGACGCGAAUCUUCAAGUGAACAACAUCAUCAAGAGCUAGAACGAUUAUCGGUUGAAGAGAGUCAUGAUUCAUUAAAUUCAAUACGUACCAACUCUACGUCAUCACAAAAUUAA